UACUCUAUCAACUAAUGCUCUGCAUAUUAAGCAAUGACAUAUAAUCAACACAAAAAUACAUCUUUGCUCUGUGAGUACAACACCCACUCAUUUAGUGGUUUAGCUCUUUGAUCCUCACCGUGUCGGCACAAGCUUGCAUCAUUAUCACUCUUUGUCAUAUGGUUUGCCGGCUGUCACUCACAGAGAACAGAGGAGGCAAGAGCUGUCAGUCUGAGCUGCAGCAGCUUCGCCUGAUGAUGUAGUCACAAACAAUAUCACUGUAAUAAAUGUAAUAGUUUGCCUCUUGUGAUAGAACUAAACAAGCACUAAACUGUUAAUUUUAUCUAUCAUUGUAAAGCAGUAAAUCACACAGUUGUGGACUUUUAUACAUUAUUACAUUUAUUCUUUGUAAACUUUUUUUUCAUCACACCUCAGAUUUUGCAGGAGGGGCAUAACAUGCAGCUUAAACAGUAUGUCCUGAAAGGCAUAGAAUGAAGGCAUAUAAUAUGUACAUUUUGACAAAUACAAGUAACAAUUUACAGUUCCUUGUAUUUAACAUCUUCCAUUUAGUGUUACUUUUCCCUUUACCUAUUCCACAACAUUUAUGUUACAGCUUUAAAUAUUUUAGCAGAUAGUGGUAAACUUGCACCAAAUACCACAGUACUCAUUUUUGUAGCCCAUGUAGGACAGCACUUAGUAUCUAGCCUUUACAAUGUACUAGGUUCGUGUACUUCUGACACGUCUGAGUUUUCACGUCAUCCACUUUAGGAACUGCGAGUUUUAUGUUGCAAGAAAGAACCGGAAAUGCUUCGAGGCUCGCUUCCGGCGGUGUAGCGCCGGCUGGACGCAGGAAUAAAGUUUCUGAAGUAUCUGAAGCUAGCUAACUUAUUCUUGUAUUUAAAGUUCCCCGCAGUAUAUGUGAUGCACGUUGAUGCACCUGUACGUUAUAGGAGCACGACUUGUUUUCUGUGACUAUAAAAGCAUUCUGUGUAAUGCACGGGUUCGCCCUUUAGCUGGCUAAGCUAAGCUAAAAUAAGAUAAGCUAAGUUCAGUUCAGUUCACUUCACUUCACUUCCGCAUGGCGCCCCUCCGUGUCCUGUGCGUCCACGGUUACCGUCAGAACAGCAGCUCGUUCCGCGAAAAGACCGGGGCUCUGCGGAAGCUGCUGAAGAAGCAGGUGGAGCUGGUUUACGUGGGGGCGCCGCACAGUGUGCAGGCAGCCCGCAGCGAAGCUUCUUCAGAGAAGGAGAACGGUUCCGGUCCCGGACCUGCAGUCGAGGACGACCCCAGGGGUUGGUGGUUUUCUGACGUUCAGGCUCGGAGCUUCAGCGCUCAGCAGCAGUGUGAGGAGAGCCUGGGCCUGGACCAGAGUGUGACGGCAGUGAGGGAAGCUGUGAAGGACGACGGCCCAUUCGACGGCAUCAUGGGUUUCAGUCAGGGGGCCGCUUUCGUAGCCAUGCUUUGCUGCCUCCAGGAGCAGAAGCUGGAGCCAGAGUUCGGCUUCCGCUUUGCCAUCCUGGUUGCAGGGUUCCGCAGCGCCUGCAAGGAACACGAGAAGUUCUACAGCGUUCCCCUGCAGAUGCCCUCCCUGCAUGUGUUUGGACUGGAGGACCGAGUGAUACCUGACAGCAUGAGCAGAGAGCUCCUCCCGUCCUUCCUAGAGCCGCAGGUGCUGAUCCAUCCUGGCGGCCAUUUUGUUCCUGCAGCAUCUGCUCACAGACAAACGUACCAAGACUUUCUCAAGAGGUUCCAGUGAGAAAACAUGAAUAAAUGAACUACAAAUUAGACUCAAGCACUUGAAUGCAACCCAAGAAUCUGAAUUAAUACAAAUUCUCUCAUUGGAAUCAUCUGAUCGAUUUAUUACAUUUAUAACUAAGCUGAUUUCCCUGAAAUUUUGAUUAUUUUCAUGCUGAAAUGUGUAUUAACUGAAGGGUUUUAGUAUGUUUCAAAUAAAGUCGUACGUGCCGCUUUUGUUUCUACACAAGUAGGCAGCAAUAAAAACCUUCUGCUGUGGGGUCCUCCAG